AUGCAUCAAACCUCGUCCCGUCUGCUGCGUCAGACUGACGAUGACCGUCCAUUCACAAGAGAUCUGAAGGAUCUCUUCUCGACAUUGAUGGUCAGUCUGCCUCUGACCCCUCAUCGCGUCCGUUUCACCAAGGUCGAGCACACCUUUACCACCGAUGAAGCUCUGACCAACCUUGGAUCGCUCAAAUUCUCCCAAUCCAACCGCAUGCCCGACCCCAAAGACCCCUCCAGAAUCGUCACCACUACGACAACCACCACCUUCUCCAUGGCCAAGGAGAUGGCCCGCACCGUCUGCAACAGAUUCUGCGAAGCAAGAUUCGUCGAGUCACUGGAUGGCAAGACAGACUUCAGCUCGAGGAGUUCCGUGUGGCAGUUGACCCCCAAGGGCAUGCGUGUUCUCACUCGCUUCUGCCAGCGUAACGGCAUCCACCAACGCCACGUCAAUGAGCUGCUGGAUUCGGCUCGCAAUACCAUGCAACUCGUCAUCCUCGAACGCGUGCCCGAGAACGACAACAUCAACAUCGACCGCGGCACCAUUGAGGUUGUUUUCAGAAGAUUCUGUGGUGAAGAAGGCCCCAACCUCAAGAGCACUGCCACUGCCGAUUCCGAGUCGAUACAUGACUACGCAACUGGCCUGGUCGGCGUGCACAUGAUGAGAUCGCGCAAGCAGUUCGAGAAGGAUACCCCCUACAUGUUCACCGGCAAGUCGGCCCUCGAUUGGCUCAUGGACUGCUGCAUGGUUGUGAACAGAAAGGAGGCGUGUGACAUUGCCCAGCAAUUCAUGGUACAUCAAUUGAUUGUUAACUUGACCGAAGAGCGUAACUCGCCCGCUGCCUCGCGCUGGUCACCCCUGAAGACAGCGCAUUACGGCGUCACUGACAAGGGAAUGAGAAUCGCUGGCUGGGUCAGAAGUCCCAAUGGAUCCAUUAACGGAGAGCCCGUCGUAGUCAAGCUCCCCCCCGGUGUUGCUCGCGACUCCAACACGACCAGAAUGUCACAAAUCAUCCACGACCCCGCCCAGCGCCUAGUCUUCCGCGAGUUCCUCCAAGAAACCCACUGCGAGGAAAACCUCACGUUCUAUCUCGAAGUUAGAAGCUUCUUGCUAGAUUACAACUCUGCCAAGCGCUCAGUUCCUGCCCCUCGUCUCGAUCUCAUCCGCGAGACCCUGGCUUCGGCAUACAGCUUGUACAAUGCUUUCCUUGCUCCCGGUUCGCCAUGCGAGCUCAACAUUGACCACAACCUGCGUAAUGCGCUUGCUAGCCGCAUGACCCGUGCUGUAGGAGAAGACACCGAGAUGAUUACUAGCUUGGAUGAAGUUGCCACUCUGUUCGACCAGGCCCAGACCAGCGUCUUCAAGCUCAUGGCCAGCGAUUCUGUCCCGAAGUUCAGCAGAGACCCCAAGUACAUCAGAAUGCUCGAGAACCGCACAAACUACGAUCAGAUGAACGCAGCCUUCUCCGCCGCCUCAGUGUCGUAA